AUGAACAUCGGAACCAUCGGCCACGUCGAUCAUGGUAAAACCACCCUCACUGCCGCCAUCACAAAGGUCAUGGCUGAUGAAGGAAGAGCUGAGUUCAAGGCCUACGACGCCAUUGACAAGGCACCAGAAGAGAAGAAGCGUGGCAUCACCAUCAACCAAUCGCAUGUGGAGUACGAAACAGACAAGAGGCACUACGGCCAUGUUGACUGUCCUGGGCAUGCAGAUUAUGUGAAAAACAUGAUCACAGGAGCUGCACAGAUGGACGGUGCGAUCCUAGUGGUCUCAGGCUACGACGGCCCUAUGCCUCAGACACGCGAGCACAUUCUGCUGGCCAGGCAAGUUGGCGUGUUUGGGAGCUCAGAGCUCCGCGCCUCCGGCGCGUCCGAUGGUCCUGAGGAGGCCGCGGAGCUCCGGAGGGCACUGGCCGAACAGACAGGCAUCCCCGCCAGCUCCAUUGGCCUCAACGUCUUGCCACGUUUGCCGGGUGGGCCACAGAACGCUGUGAAGCCGGUCUCUGGUCAGAGCUUGUUGGGCUUUCUGGAGCAAAGCUGCCGUGAGGACCAUGGCGUUUUUCAGCUGCGAGCCUCCUUCGAUCACGUGAGCCAUGAGUCCUACGUACAGGUGCGAGUGGCCUUCCCAGGGACAGCCACCUCCAAAGCUGCAGCCAACAGCAGUGAGGCAGAGCCACCACCCAUCGUCAUCGAGCAGUUCGAACUGGAGGAGAAAAGCAAUGUGGCUGCUCUGAAGAAGUUGAUCCAUGGCCGAUCCAAGUUCCCAUUGGAUCAGAUCGUCCUUCUCUUGGGCUGCCGAAGGCUACACGAGGAGCUUCCGAUGGGCCGUGUGGCGGCCGCGGCAGAAGCAUCAGGGUCUCCACUGCGUGAGGGUCAGGGACAUCGUGAGCGUCAAGACGAUGCUGAAGAGAUGUGUGAAGAGCCGGAGACAUUGAAGCUGAUCCUUCCGAGAUGCGUUCGAGGUUGCCGAGAGCGCCUCAUGCCAUUUAAUUUGCAGCAAAGCCUUAGCGACUUGCGCUGGUCAGUGCAAAGCAUUUGUGGCCUCUCUCCUGCACGGAUGAGACUUCUGCUCGAUGGUGAUUUCGAUUUGUCCUGCGAGGAUGAGACGAGCUCCUUGGAGAGUUUGGGCUUCAAAGAUGGAUGCCGUCUUCUCGUGGAACAAGCGUGUGCGGAUGCCGUGAGUGAUUUCGAUAUGCCUGUGGAUAUCCCAUCCACCGGCCCAGCCAGUUCGGUCUAUGAGGCCGCAGCCACAAAGCUUGGCAUGGCGGACUCUUCCAAGCUAUCCCUCUUCGCAGGAACCGAGCUGAUCAAUCGCCAUGCCGACCUCUCACUGGCACCCAUCGCCGAUGGGGUCGUCCUCUCUGCAUACUGCAACUGGCCACUGAAGUUGCCUGUGGCAGUACUUCAGUCAGGAAAGACUCAAGCAGAAGCAGACUUGGGGCUUCCAGGCCAAGUGACGGUCCGCAGCUGCGACACCGUGGCCGAAGUGCGUUUGAGGCUUCUGGCCGCGUGCGGUGCGGAGGCGCGGGCGGAGGCCGAGGCGGCGCUCGAGGGAAGCUUGGCACUGGCAGUGGAUAGCGAGCUUUGGCAACGAGAGGGCGCCAGCAUACAGAGCUUGGCUUCUUUGGAGGUUUUGUUGGGCCACUUUACCCCAUGCCCAGAGACAGCUAGACUCUCUCGCUUGGGCAUGGCCGAUGGCGGCUGCCAUUUGAUCUUUGUCACGAAGCGCAUUUUGUCCGUUGAGGUUCAGGUCCACCUGGCUGAAGAGUUCAAAGGCGUCCGUUUGCUUCGCGUGCCGAGCACCCUUCGUCUCUCCGAGCUGUCGGCCAUGUUGAUCCGCAGCCUGCGGCAAAAUGCUUUGGCAGACCUCUCCCCAAGCGAGUUCGCACAGCACUUUGGCUUCAAACAAAAACACCUUCAAAAUGCCGAGCUUUUGAGUGCUAAAAUCAAAGAGACGGUGUCCACUUUGCCAUCAAGUGUGUCCGCAGACUUGGACGACACCAUGUUCUUGGGCGACCUGCUAGCACAACAUCCCGAGCCACAAAGUCGAUAUCAGCAGUUCUUAUGCCCAAUCUCCAUGGACAUCAUGCAAGAUCCCGUGGUGGUCGGCGGAAGCGGCAACACCUAUGAUCGCAAGUCCAUCGAGAAGCAUUUCCAACAUUGCCAUCGCGACCCACUGAACAACAUGGAGCUUCGACGCCCUCAAGACAGGAGGCUCAUUCCCAACAACCAACUCCGCAGUCAGAUUCGCGAAGCAGAAAUCUCUCGAGUGCAGCUGCGGCUUUCAGCUCAUUUGGCCGAACAGCGAAGCUUUUCGAGUGAUGCUCCCAUGGCAGCAUACCUUGGAUGGUGUGCAUCGCUUCUGAGAGGCUCUUGA